CAAAUAACCAAUGCCCACUUGUAAUCUGAACAUGAUAAUAUUUAUGGCGCCAUCUCACUCGCCGGAUCUUACUAUCCACCAGGCUAACACUUUGACUUUUUGCCUUCUAAUCUUUAUCUUCAAACAUAGUACAAACAAGCAAACAUUUCAAUAAUUCAUCACCUGUUAUUGGUUUCCAAAAGUCAAACCCAGUUCUAUGUGAGUGUGGAGAUGAAGAAAGCAGAGUUGUUGGUGUGUUUUCUGUGGUUGAACUUGUUCAUGUUGUUAAGAUCUUCUGAAUCUGUGGUGCCUCAACAUGAAGUGGUAACCGUUAAUAGUAUUCUUACCACAAUGGGUGCAACCAGUUGGAGGUUCAACGGUGACACUUGCAAUCUUGAUCUCAUUGCCCAAGUGCCAAAGCUAACUCAAGAAGCUAAUGCCAGUACCGGAUGUGACUGCAACAACACCGACUGUCAUGUCGUAAGGAUCACAAUGAAGUUUUACAGUCUUCCUGGUAUUCUUUCACCUGAACUGACGAAGCUUCCUUAUCUCAAAUCAAUUGACUUUGCUUACAAUUACUUAAAUGGCACAAUUCCACCAGAAUGGGGCAUGACACAAUUGCAAGACAUUUCUCUUCUUGGCAAUCGAAUAACCGGGAAAAUUCCACCUGAACUAGGGAAUAUUACCACUCUCACAAAGCUGGAUCUUGAAGCAAACUAUCUUUCGGGAACUGUUCCUUCUCAACUUGGGAGAUUAAUUAAUUUGAAAUCUUUGAUCUUGUCCUCGAACCAGUUUACGGGGACACUGCCCGCAGCCCUUGGUGAACUAAGAAACUUAACAAAUUUUAGGAUAAACGAUAACAACUUCAGUGGGCGCAUACCCGAUUUCAUACAGAACUGGAGACAACUUACUCGACUUGAAAUGGAUGCAUGUGGACUCGAGGGGCCAAUUCCUUCAAGUAUAUCUCUUCUUGAGGAUUUAACCGAUUUGAGGAUUACUGACAUGGCUGGACCAGUGCAGGGAUUUCCGCCACUUAAUAAUGCUAGUAAUUUGAUAAGGCUGGUCCUGAGAAAUUGCAACAUAUCAGGAGAAUUACCUCCCUAUGUUUGGAUGAUCAGAGAUCUCGAAACGUUGGAUGUAAGUUUUAACAGACUAGUAGGUGGAAUAUCCCCGAACAUCAUGGGGCGGAGCUUAAGAUUUGUGGUUUUAACCGGUAACAUGUUAAGCGGAGACAUACCUGACUCGCUUUUGAUAAAUGGAGCUAGUAUAGACUUGUCCUACAACAAUUUUACUUGGCAAGGACCUAAUCGACCCGCAUGCAAACAAAACAUGAAUACAUACAUUAAUUUAUUCAAAAGCUCCUCAACCGGGAAUCCACUACAGGACAUACUUGCCUGCACCGAGCAUAUUAAGUGUCCAAGAUACGGGUGUUCGUUGCAUAUUAAUAGCGGUGGAGAUGACGUUCGAGUUAAAGAACGUAACAACGACGUUGUUUACAAAGGAGAUGCACAUGUCGAUGGUGGUGCAUCUCGAUGGUACAUAAGCGAUAGUAACUGGGGAUUGAGUAGCACUGGGGACUUCAUGGAUGACAAUAUUUUCCAAAACACGCGAUACAUUUCGACAUCAGAAAACUCAUCGUCUUCCGUUUAUGCGACUGCACGCCUCUCUCCUCUUUCACUGGUUUACUUUAGCCAUUGUUUGGAAAAUGGCGAAUAUGUUGUUAAUCUACACUUUGCGGAAUUAGAGUUUACUAAUGAUACUACAUAUAGAAGUCUCGGCAGGCGGAUUUUCGAUAUUUAUAUUCAGGGACGACUCGUUAAAAAGAACUUCAAUAUUGAAGAUGAGUCUGGUGGAAUGGGAAACCCAGUGGUCAUGCCGUUUAAUGUGAGCGUGACGAAUAACAUUUUAGAAAUACGUUUUUACUGGGCUGGUAAAGGGACAACUCGGUUUCCUCGAAGAGGAAUUUAUGGGCCCCUCGUAUCUGCUGUUUCUGUCGAGCCUUAUUUCAAAACGUGUUCAACUGGUGGAAAGAAGAACAAAACUGCUUAUGUUGGUAUUGCGGUUGGAGCAUCGUGUUUUGUUUUGUUAGUGUUGGCAGUCAUUUGGUGGAAACGCUCUUCGAAACAUAAUAAAAGAAAAGAUAAAGAUUUUCAAGGAAUGGAGUUGAGAACAAUCUCAUUUUCGUUUAAGCAAUUAAAAUCCGCCACACGCAACUUCAGUGUUGCGAACAAAAUAGGAGAAGGAGGUUUUGGCCCCGUAUACAAGGGUAUGUUGAGUGAUGGAACGGUUGUCGCAGUGAAGCAGCUUUCAUCGGAGUCAAGACAAGGGAACCGUGAGUUUUUAAACGAAGUUGGUGUAAUAUCUUGUUUACAACAUCCAAAUCUUGUGAAGCUUCAUGGAUGUUGCAUCGAAGGAGAUCAACUAAUGCUCGUAUACGAGUACCUAGAGAACAACAGCCUUUCGAAUGCUUUGUUUGGUGAGUGUUUCAGUAAAAUGAUCGCAUACGGUUUUCUCUUUAUAUGGUUGUUAUUUAUGGUGAAGUUGCAUUGUGUAGGUUUAAAUAAAAGUAAAUUGAUGUUGGAUUGGCCGACAAGGUUUAAGAUAUGUAUUGGCAUUGCUAGAGGGUUAGCUUUUCUUCAUGAAGAAUCAAGGCUGAAAAUUGUGCAUAGAGACAUUAAAGCUACUAAUGUACUUCUCGACAAAGACCUGAACCCGAAAAUAGCCGACUUUGGACUAGCGAGGCUGCAUGAAGAUGACCAAACUCAUGUUAGCACGCGUGUUGCUGGCACAAUUGGAUAUAUGGCGCCUGAGUACGCGUUGUGGGGUUUCUUAAGCGAUAAAGCGGAUGUUUACAGCUUCGGGGUGUUGGCGUUGGAGAUUGUGAGCGGAAAGAACAAUACCAGUUACAUUCCUCGUGACAAUUGCAUAUGUCUUCUAGAUUGGGCUUGUCAAUUGCAAAAAAGUCGAAACUAUGAGGAACUAUUUGACGAGAAACUGGGGUCGGAUAUCAACAAAGAAGAAGCAGAAAUCAUGGUGAAAAUAGCGCUUUUGUGCACAAACGGUUCUCCGUCAAUAAGGCCCAUUAUGUCCGAGGUAGUGAGUAUGCUUGAAGGUCAAACAUGUGUCCCAGAGAUAGACCCUGAAGCAGGUGGCUACACCGAUGAUUUGAGAUUUAAAGCCAUGAGAGACUUCCGUGAGGACAAAUACAAGAAAAAUAGUCGAAGUCAACACUCUACUUCGGCCCAAACUGACCCGUUGUUUUCAGUUUCUUCUUAUGAUCAUUCUGAGAUCGAGCCAGUUGAGACAAGAUGAUGAUACAAAAGACGGUUUAAACCGAACUGCAAGUGUGAAGUGAGUUUUGGAGUUGUUUUGUCACAUUGUUCAUAGAGUUAUGUAAAUACAUAUGUUUGUUACUUGAUGGCAAAAUAAACUUACCUUCCUACUUUCCUGACUGUAAAUGUUUAAAUAGUAAGAGAGAUUCUCACUGCCUGCAACCUUAAGUUAUGUGUGAUACUCAUGUAUGUUAUAUAUAUGAUGAUAAGAUGGUAUUUGAAACA